UGGGUGCGGUGUCUCGGGGCUCCCAGAGGCUGUCCAGCCCUAACGCCCAGUGGCUCGGCGGUGACUCCCACCCUGCUGGGCCAUGUCAAAAGCUCCUGGCUCUGCCUUGCUGCCCUCGACCCCGGAGUCCCGGAAACUCGCGCCCCGGAGCCUCAGCUGCCUCUCGGACAUGGAUCGGCGACCCUGCAAACCUCCGGGCUGCGACCCUCGCCUGCGGCCCAUCAUCCAACGACGCUCGCGCUCGCUGCCCACCUCCCCAGAGCGCCGGGCCAAGUCUGCGGGAGCCCCCGGCGCCGCGUGCGGAGCCGGCUGCAACCGGCAGGUCCGGGUGCGCUUCGCUGACGCGCUGGGCCUGGAGCUGGCGCAGGUCAAGGUGUUUAACGCAGGCGACGACCCGUCCGUGCCGCUGCACGUGCUGUCGCGCCUAGCCAUCAACUCGGACCUGUGCUGCAGCAGCCAGGACCUGGAGUUCACACUGCAGUGCCUGGUUCCCGACUUCCCGCCGCCCAUCGAAGCCCCGGGCUUCGGAGAUCGCCUGGCACGGCAGCUCGUGUGCCUGGAACGUGUCACCUGCUCCGACCUGGGCAUCAGCGGCACAGUGCGCGUGCGCAACGUGGCCUUCGAGAAGCAGGUGACGGUACGCUACACCUUCUCUGGCUGGCGCAGCGCACACGAGGCAGUGGCGCGCUGGAGAGGGCCUGCGGGUGCUGAAGGUACCGAGGACAUCUUUGCCUUCGGCUUUCCAGUGCCUCCCUUCCUGCUGGAGCUCGGCUCCCAGGUACACUUCGCACUGCGCUAUGGCGUGGCUGGUGCCGAGUACUGGGACAACAAUGAUGGUCGCGACUAUAGCCUUACUUGUCGCAGUCAUGCCCUGCACAUGCCACGCGGGGAGUGCGAGGAGAGCUGGAUCCACUUCAUCUGAGCUGCAGGCUUCCAUCUCUGCAGACCUUCAAUCACUUCCCCACCAUUGCAGCUCUCUCGGAGCCGCUGUCUCCCAACCCAUCCUUCCUUCCCAGUGGUCUGGCCUCAUUUCUCACUGUGAAGCCCUGCAGCGAUAGCCUGGCUUGUCUCCUAGUGAAUUCUCUGGAGAGCCUGGCGGUCAGAAGACCAGG